AUGACUUUAAAUAAGAGCGCCUUUUUCCGGGACCUAGAUAGCCUGGACUAUGUCAGCGACGAUGGACAGCAUAGGCCCGCUCUUGCUGGGACUCCCUUUGUCAGAGACUCUCUUGACAGGGCGCCUAUUUCUAAGCUGAGCGGGACUUCGAAGCUAGCACAUCCCUCCUCAGUUUCAGAGGCCAGCGCGAAUGACACCAUGACGAUACACUCCUCCACCGGUGUUAACAACCUGCUUGAAAAGCAUAAUGAGAGCACGACAAAGAGACCAGCAGAAGCUGCCCCGUCUGGACGACCCAAGGCUUGUAAGAAACGGCGAGCGAUGUCGUUGCAGAGUGUCCCGGAAUCGAAUCAGAUUUUCAAAGGGUUGACAUUCUUCUUCAUACCUAACAAUAGCAUCGCUCCGGAUCGGAAGCUGCGAAUCCAAAGGUCGCAGGAGUACGGAGCAUCGUGGGCUCAGGCAUGGUCCGCGAAUAUCACUCAUGUGAUUGUAGACAGAGGACUUGAUUAUAAGGAAGUUCUCAAAGUACUCACGCCUGACCAGCUUUCUGGCGGCGUAACCCUUGUUAAUCAACAUUAUAUCUCUGACUGCAUCGGAUUUGGCACAAUUCUUCGCGUUACCCAACUCCGGUUUAGGGUAGAUGGCAAUCCAGCAACAUCAGCCAGCGGAGCUGCUCCAGUUGAAUCCAAAACAACGUCAGACGGCUCCCUGCCGAUCAAAGGAUAUAGGCGACGGGACAAGCGCGCUUUGACGCCCAGUCAGAAAGAAGAUACCCUGACAAGCAACUUAGCAUCAACAACCGUCCAGCAAGAAGAUGGAUUCCGUCGAUCGGAACAACAAAAGCCUGAUAUUUUGGAUGUGCUGAUUCAAAAAGUCAAAGCGGCUAGUGACUUGCCCCUAGAUGAACCUGACUACGAAGUGGCGCUCGACUCGGCAAUUGAAGUCGGUCCAAGUGCAGGGGUUUCGGAUGGCCCUGAGAAUAAAUCGGACGAUAAGGUUCACGAAUGGCAGAAAAGCUUCACUUGCAUGCAGAAACACGAUGGGACUUCCAUAAGCAGCAAUCCUAACGCUAGAACCAUAGAGACACUGCAGAAAAUGGCAGACUACUAUGAUAGAACUGCUGAUAACUGGCGUACGAUGGCAUAUCGAAAGGCGAUUACGGCAUUGAAACAACAAGAUACCCAAAUCUGCACGAAAGCACAGGCUCUGGGCAUUCGUGGCAUUGGGCAGCGACUUGCAGACAAGAUCGAGGAAAUUGUUUCCACUGACCGCCUGCGCCGAUUGGAAAAUAUCAACUCGACUCCUGAGGACAGAUCCUUACAGCUCUUCAUUGGCGUCUAUGGCGCAGGAUUUGCGCAAGCGUCAAAAUGGGUCGCUAAGGGUUACAGAUCUCUAGAAGACCUGAAGACAAUGGCCGAAUUGACCGCAAACCAGAAAAUCGGAGUAGAACGGUACCAUGACUUCCAACAGCGCAUUCCGCGAGCAGAAGUAGCGGUGCAUGCGAACAUCGUUCGGGCUGCAGUCCAAGCGAUAGAUCCAGAUAUGGAAGUCAUAGUAGCAGGCUCUUAUCGUCGCGGCGCUGCAGACUGUGGUGAUAUUGAUGUCUUAAUCACCAAGAACACCGGCACCCUAGAAUACAUACGAGAUCUUAUGAUAGAGAACGUUGUACCCACACUUACUCAAAAGGGGUUUCUUAAAGUCAGCCUGGCUGCAACUUCGCGCGGUGACGGCUCCAAAUGGCAUGGAGCUUCGGCUCUGCCCGACACCGAAAUUUGGCGUCGAAUCGACCUUUUGUUUGUGCCAGGAAGCGAGAUUGGUGCAGCCUUGCUGUACUUCACUGGCAAUGACAUUUUUAACCGGAGUUUGCGGUUAUUGGCGAGAAAGAAGGGGAUGCGUUUAAACCAGCGGGGUUUGUACAAAGAUGUUCUCCGCGGUGCAGGCCAGGUCAAGGUCACCGAGGGUAGUCUUCUCGAAGGGCAAGAUGAAAAGCACAUCUUGGAAAUCCUCGGUGUGCCGUGGCGUCCACCAGAACAUCGUAUCUGCUAG